AUGGAACGCCAAGCCUACAUCGCCGCCACCGCCGCUGCCGUCCGGGCGGCGGCGUCCGUCCUACUCGACGCCGAUCUCUUCACAGCUAUCGCUGUGGAUAUCGCCAAUGCCACCCGCGUGCCCCUCUCUGCUGUUCCCAGCGCUGGUGCCUCCAGUGCUGGCGGUGCUGCGAGCAUUACCAGCAGCAGCAGCGGCGGCAGUGGCAGCGGUGGUGGUGGGGGUUCGCUUUCGACGUAUGCGUCUGGCUCGGUGGGUACUGCGAGCAGCAUUGCUGGCAGCGGCGGCUCGUCGGCGUUUGCAGCGCCGCACGAGGAUGCGGAUCGAUGCUCUGUGGACCUGUUUUCGUCCCCACAGAGGCUGGAGAUUGCUCUUAUGGCUGCCGAGCUGGCUGUGACUCAGGCUGCUGUUCAUGCUGUGCCUGAUACCCCCGCGUCUGGGGCUCUUAUGGGGAGGAAAGAGGGUGGGGGAGUGGGUGGGAGGGAGUUUGUUGUUCCUGAGGAGUGGGAGGAGGAUGGAGGGGUGGAGGAGGGUGAGGAGGGGUGGGAAGGGGAGGACGGGGAUGAGGAGGCAUAUGAAGGGAGUGAGAGUGAAGAGGACGAGGAGAGAGAGGGUGAAAGUAGGAGUGAGAGUCAGGGCAGUGACUUAGAAGGUGAGAGUGGGGAGGAGGAUCAGGGGAAUAUGGGGUAUGGGUCAGAGGAGGAGAGGGAGGGAGCACAGGGGGAGGGGGAGGAAGGGGGAGAGAGUGAGGGGGAGGAGGAGGGAGAGUGGGGGAGGGAUAGGCGCCUGUCUCAGCAAGCAGCUAGGAUAGCGGGAGUGUGGGAGGAGGAAGAGAAGGAAGCUGAAGAGGUGGCAGGUGCAGGAGCAGCAGUGGGAAGGGAAGGAGCAGCAGUGGGAGGGGGAAGAGUGGAAGGAGGGGUAGGUGAAGGGGCAGGAGGAGGGCCAGGAGGGGCAGGCACGGGCACAGCAGGGGGAGCGAUUGGAGGCCUGUGGGGUGCGUCAGGUGGCAAUGAUUCGUCCAUAUUUGGCCGCAUGCGGUCGCUGUGGGGCAAGAAGGACGACGCUGCUGCUCCUGCCUCUCCUGCUCCUCCUGCUACUGCUCCCCUCUUGUGGGGAAGGAAGGAUGACCCUGCUGCUCCUGCUGCUCCUGCUGCUGCUCCCUUCUUGGUCGGCUCAGCAAGCUCGGGCACCGAGCCUGCAGGUUCGGGAUCCGACAGCAUGUUCGGGCACGGCUGGGGAGGCUCCACUAAAUCCCCUCGCUUCCUGCCUUCUCCUCCCAGCAUGGCUGGCAGCACAGCAGGCAGCAAACCGAAACACGGGGCAAAAUCAAAACACGAUUCCGCAGCAGAGGUGGGCGCUGAUGAAGAGAAGCAUCAGACGGGGCCCACGCAAGACGACUCAGUCGAUCUCAUGCCAGAGCGAGCUUUAGAGGAGCCAGACGCCCUACCAGACGAGCCAACAGACGUGCCAUUCCUCUUCCCACCCUCCAAGUCCCUCGCUAGGGCGUCCCAUGAAACCAGAGGCAGGUCGAUGCACGAAAGGGGAGGAGCCCAAACGAGCAAAGACCAUCCCGAUCACCCCCCUCACUCGUUCCCUCACUCAAGGUCUCUGUCUGGAGCCUCUCCGCCCUCUCCUGCUAGCAUCUUUAAGGCUCCCCUCCGACGCUUAAACCUCAAGGUUCCCCCUGAACUACACCUGAAUCUCAAGUCACCCCGGGCGGAACACCCUCCGAAAUCCCCGGGUUCCGUCCCCUUUGCCCUCCCUUUUGAGGUGACCCUUGGGCUAAAAUCCCCGGGUCCGUUCAGAAUCCCUCCUGAGCUAAGCACUGGAAUGAAGUCUCCACGACCGUUUGUUGCCCCUGAUCUUUUAAAAUCCCCGCUGGCGCUUAAAUCCCCGUCUUCUAAAGAGUUCCUGGCGAAGAUUUUCGACGACACUAACCGAGCGGCAAUGCAGUCGAUACUGGCUACUGCGGCAACAGCAACAGACAGCCCAAGCUCCACCCCUAGUUCCAUCUCCCAAACCUCUCCCUCCCUAGCCUCAAGCACAGGCUCGGCUUCAGGCGCGGGCUUACUCCCGGACCGCAGGCGGCCCUCCAUCCCCCCUCUCAUGGUCCUCGCCCCGUCCGCACCUCUACCCAGCUCCGUCACCAAACCUGCCGCCGAGCCUCCGUCGUCCCCUACCGAGUCUAACCUGUCGUCCCCUGCUCUGUCUGUGGCUGAGAUUCCGUCCCCACAGGGGGAGGUGGAUGAGGAGGGGGUGCUGGUGGGGGGCGGGGAGGAGGAUGGGGAGGUGGAGGUAGAGAGAAUGACGACCUUCUGUGUUCUGGCGAUUCUGCUGGAGAUGAGGGAAGACCUGGUGCAGUAUGCUCAGGGGCUGGACGAUGUUGUGCAUUAUUUCAACCUGGCAGCAACCAGCUGGAACAUUAAGAAGCUCUGCAAGAAGGCAGUGACAUACCAUCGAAAAUAUCUAUACCUGAGAAUGGCUCGUGCAAACGCCAUGUCCAUCUACUUCACAUAG